AUGGGCAUUGAGAGCGUGGUAGAUAAGAGCACAGACAAGUCAUCUGAUGGUGUGCAUGACAUUAUGUGUACUGCUUGUGAGAUGACAAUAUUGUGGAUGCAGAACCAGCUCAAGAGAAAUAAGACAGAAGAACAAAUCUUGGAUUACGUGAAUCAGCUUUGUGACCGACUGCCCAGUCCAAAUGGAGAAUCGACUGUUGAGUGUAGCAGUCUAUCUUCCAUGCCCAAUGUGUCAUUCACCAUUGGUGGUAAAGUGUUUCACCUUUCACCAGAUCAGGUAUGGUGCUCUGCUGAUAUUUAAGGCAUUGGAGAUAUAAAU